AAACAAAAGUUAAGUUUUGUGUGUGUUUCAGAGAAUAACGUAUUUAUAGAAAUAUACAAUUGAACUUUGAACUGAAAACGUUACCAAGUUCACGCGCAAUAAGAUCGUUUCGAAUUUAAGAGACAGAGUCGAUUUUAUUCACGGUUGUUUCGUUCGCAGACAGACAGUUAAUUUCCUUAUAACGAGGGUUUAUCCCCUUCACACGGAGCGAGGUGUUUAGAUGUAUAUAAGCAUCACGUCUGUAUUGUGUGUUACGAAACACGUGCAUUAUUAAACACGGCCGUGUUGCAUUCGCUUGUACGUACAGCUGCGCGUCCGAAGUUUUCGAAGUUUUUUUGCGCGCGUAGUUAUCCUCAAUUAUAGGUGUUGAAAAUAGAGCGGGUAACUAUGACUUUUCCUUUUUUUGAAAAAAAAAAAAAAAGAGAGAAAGUUAGUCUCCCCGCAAACUCCCAUGAACGGUGUUGCGUUAGCUUUCGACUUGUUCGGUUUUUUCAUCGCUCUUAUUGACCUGUUACAUCAGAAAAAUCGUUCAGUUUCUUUCCAGCCGUCAUCGAAUAUGAACGUUUCACGCUCAGAAUGUGCUGAUUACGAAUGGGCAAUUAAAUUAAAUCGACUCAGUUUGACAAUGAUGGGGUUUUGGCCUGAAAAUAAUACAACCAAACAACAAAGAACGUUGUUGAACAUACGUACAACGAUUAUGCUAAAUGUAAUGAUUUGGAGUAGUUUGGUUCCGGCCGUGCAUUCGCUCCUUAAGAUCUGGGGUAAAGACGUCAUGUCGGUGAUCGACAACCUGCAAUACAUUUUGCCAUUUGUGAUAGCGCUUAUGAAGAUUUACGUUAUAUGGCGGAAACAAAGCGGUACGGAGCACGUGCACAUAUUGUCUAUAUUUGUUUUUGCAAAACAAAUUUAUUUAUCUUCAAUCAUAGUUUUAUUGCUCGCCGUAGAGAUUUUAUCGCUUUUGCACAUGAUCAAAAAGGACUGGUCGCAACCGAAGACGUUAAAAGAGCGGAACGUGAUGAUGAGGCGAGCGCGAAUUGCGCGUAUAUUUACAAUAUUUGGACAUCUCAUAAUGAUUGCGUCUUUUGGCUUGGCUGCGGGUCUUCCUGUUUUCGGCAUUUCAAUAAGAUACAGGACAAACAUAACGGAUCCGUACAAACUGAUGCCGCUGCAAACGUACUGUAGCUUCUACGAUCAAAAUAAGAGUCCAUUUUACGAGAUAACGUAUUUUAUGCAGAGUGUCAGCUUGGCGAUAGCCGGUAUCGUGUACACCAGCACUGACGGUUUCUUGGGUUUGCUUGUUUUUCACGUAUGCGGUCAGCUGGAAAAUCUCAAGGCCCGUGUUAUCGAUGUCAAGAAGUUUCGAGAUUUCGAAAGCGCCUUGUUACUUAACGUGCGGGAUCAUGUACGUCUUAUCAGGUUAUAUUACAUUAUAUUAUAUUAUUACAAUAUUAUUACAUUACAUUGUAUUAUUGACAAACUUGACAAACGCUCUGAGAAAUAUUGUAAAAGUUUCGUUACACGCAACGAACUAUCACCCCAAACGAGAAAAUAUAGAAAACGAGAGGGAGACUUCAGUUCUUUCGCAGACGCCGUUAUGGACGUUUCAAAGCACUCGGCGUAUACAGAAGCAGAUUAUGUCUGGGCUAUUAGAUUAAAUCGGAUCAGUUUGACGAUGUUAGGCGUGUGGCCUGAAGAGUACAGAACCAAACAACAAAUAUUGCUGUCAAAUAUACAUGUAUUCGUUAUGAUAAAUAUAAUAAUCUGGAGCAGUUUAAUUCCGACCGUACAUUCGUUGCUCAAUAUUUGGGGUUUGGACAUGAUGUCAAUGAUCGACAAUCUGCAAUAUACAUUGCCACUUCUGAUUGCGGUGACAAAGUUUAUUAUCCUGUGGAGAAAACAAAAUGAGAUUCUACCGCUGUUAAGAACAAUGAAAAAGGAUUGGUUGCAACCGAAGACAGUGAAAGAGCGAGACGUUAUGAUAAAGCGGGCGCGAAUUGCGCGCGUAUUCACAAUAUUCGGAUAUCUUAUAAUGAUUGUGUCUUUGGGUUUGGCUGCGGGUCUUCCUGUUUUCGGCAUUUCGAUAAGAUACUUGACAAACAUAACGGAUUCGGGCAAACUAAUGCCGCUGCAAACGUACUGCAGCUUGUACGAUCAAAACAAGAGUCCAUUUUACGAGAUAACAUUUUCUCUGCAGUGUAUUGCGCUGAUUAUAGUCGCUACUGUGUACACCGGAGCUGAUAACUUCCUGGGUGUACUAGUUUUUCACGCGUGUGGCCAGCUGGAAAAUCUCAAAGCGCGUAUUCUCAACAAUAAAAAGAGAUUUAUCAAUGCGAUUGACAACAUAUUUAACAUGAUGCUGUUAGCGGCCCUCUUAUACUUUGGCAUGUUAUUUACCUUUUAUGGUUUUUUAUUCGGUACCAUGGUACAUCAAGAUAAUUAUUUCUCUAUGUUUCGAUUGGGUGUUGUUUGUGUGUUGUUCGUCAAUUCGUUUGGACAUACUUGUCUUUACUGCGUUGUCGGGGAAUUUUUGGUCGUGCAAUGCGAAGGAGUUUAUGAAGCGGCAUGUAAAUACAAGUGGUACAAUGUGGAAGCGAGGAGAGCGAAACAUUUAAUAAUUAUAAUGAUUCGAGCCAAAAAACCGCAAUAUCUCACUGCGUGCAAAUUUUUUCCCAUGACGAUGUCUACGUUGUGCAAUUUGUUGAAGACCUCGGCUGGUUAUGUAUCAGUUUUACUGGCAUAUGGAAAAUAAGAAGAGUGAUAAACAAAUAAAAGUUGUUAUCUUGUAAAGUGCCUAAUGUUAAAUUGGUGAUAAAAAGAUAUGACAUAUACUUAUUAUAAAUUGUAUACGUAUAACUAAUGUGUAUAAUAAAACUUUACAUUAUUAUAAAGUUUUCAUAUGCGUU